AUGCACGGGAGCAUGCCCGCAGCAACCUUCAACCUCGUGGUGGGGUUGUCUGCCUCGACGGCGGCUAUUGCUGUCUUUCUAUGGCGGCAAAGCUCAAAAGGACCCACGCCUCUGUCGUUGAAAGCCGAAUGCGUUUGUGGCGAGGUUCAAUUUUCCGUGGACGCUCCCACUCCGGUUCAUUUGGUCUGCUAUUGUGAUGACUGUCAGCAUUACUCGCAGUAUUGUCUGGCAACAGCAGCAGGAGCCGACAAACCGACGAGAGUCGUGACGGACAUUCAAGGAGGAACCAGGACUUGUCAAGUAUAUAGACGCAAUGUGCGAGUCACAUCAGGCAAGGACCUGUUGCAGUUCACGUACUACAAUCCUGACAAGGUGCCAUCGCGACCACAACGAAUGUUUCGUGCCUACACGACCUGCUGCCACACUCCCAUGAUAUCUGCUUUUUGGAAUGAGUUGACAGUCAUGGGAUUGUAUGCGGGCAAUCUGAAAAUUGGAAAUGGUCCGCUCGCAGCAGUGUUGCAACCAAAUGCUGUUUCAAAAUUGUGGGAUGACAAUGCUGAUUCACUAAUAGUAGUACCAGCGCCCGAGUAUCGCAUCAAUUGUGAAUAUGCACUUGCAGUGGAAGCAAUGCCACCUCCAAAAGGUCAACGUGGCUUCCCCCUAUUCUUUCUGCUUCGUUUCCUUUGGCGAAACUUUAUUGUGGGACCCAAGGUGCGUGUGCCGCAAGAUUUCCACAUGCCACAAGGGAAUGAGGCCAUAAUGAUACAAUGA